AUGUCGACAAAAUAUGAUAGGGCAAUUACAAUCUUCUCUCCGGACGGUCAUCUCUUUCAAGUAGAAUAUGCCCAAGAGGCAGUCAAAAAGGGUUCAACUGCAAUUGGUGUUAGAGGGAAAGACUGUGUUGUUCUGUGUGUCGAAAAAAAGGCAACAACUAAGUUACAAAAUGACAGAACUGUCAGAAAGAUAGCUCUUUUGGAUGAUCACGUCGCAGUCGCUUUUGCAGGACUCACUGCUGAUGCUCGUAUUUUGAUCGGCCGGAUCAGGGUAGAAUGUAAAAGCUAUAAACUUACUGUCGAAGACCCUGUGUCUCUGGAAUAUAUUGCCAGGUAUAUGGCUCAGUUGAAGCAGAAGUACACUCAAAGUAACGGUCGUCGCCCUUUCGGUGUGUCAACAUUAAUUUGCGGGUUUAAUCAAGAUGGUACUCCUCAUCUUUACCAGACGGACCCUUCUGGAACCCACUUUGAAUGGAUAGCUAAUGCUAUUGGGAAAAACGCAAAAGUCGCACGUGAAUUUCUAGAAAAAAACUAUACUGAAGACGCUGUUGCAGAUGAAUAUGGAACCGUCAAACUCGCAGUUAAAGCGCUCAUGGAAGUAGUUCAGUCAGGCGCUAAAUACAUGGAGUUAGCUGUGAUGAGAUGGAAAGCACCAUCCAAGCCUGGAGAACCAUUUGUAGAUUGGCAGAUGCUGGAGUUUGCUGAUAUCCAAAGGUAUGUUCAGGCUAUCGAAAAAGAGAGAGAGGAGGAAGCUGAAAAGAAGCGUCAGAAAAAGGAAGCAGCCGCAACAUUGUAA